AUGACUGACUACAUUGGCUGGACCAUUACUCAAUGGAAACAGUUCCACUUCGAUGCUACUCCAGAUGACUCCCUUGAGUUGUUGCAGAAAGUGUUGGCAGAUCAGAGCGCUACCGAUCCAGCAUGGAUUUCUGUAUCUUCGCCCGACUUUCUUACCCAUCAAUGGCAGUUUCUUCAGUCCAACGACAAGAAGGCCUCGCUACCACUUUACGGUGUUCCAAUCGCCGUGAAGGACAACAUUGAUGUGAAGGGCUUGCCUACCACGGCCGCCUGUCCCUCAUUCUCGUACGAUCCCAGCGAAGAUGCCACCACUGUGCGUCUUUUGAGAGCUGCCGGUGCCAUCAUUAUUGGUAAAACCAAUUUGGAUCAAUUUGCUACAGGUUUGGUGGGUACCCGCUCUCCUUACGGUAUUACUCCAAACACUUUCAACGAUAAGUACGUUUCUGGUGGAUCCUCCGCUGGCUCUGCUUCUGUCGUUGCUCGUGGUAUUGUGCCUCUUGCUUUGGGUACUGACACUGCUGGUUCUGGAAGAGUGCCUGCCGCUCUUAACAACUUGAUUGGUCUCAAACCAACUAAAGGUGUUUUCUCGAGCAAAGGUGUCGUGCCAGCCUGCAAAUCUUUGGACUGUGUUUCUGUCUUUGCCUUGAACAUUCAUGACGCUGAGCUUGCCUUCAACUUGUUGGCUGAGGAAGACUCCGCCAACGAUGAGCACUCUAGAUCCUUCCCAGACAAUGCACGGGUGGCAUUUUCUCAAAAGCCAACUGUGGCCGUGCCUAACGACCUUGUGUGGUGUGGCGAGACCGAGAACCCUAAGUUAUUCGAUGCCGCCGUGAAGAACGUUGCUGCUACUGGCUGUGAAAUGACCACCGUGGACAUCAAGCCUUUGCUCACUUUGGCCAAGUACUUGUACGAGGGCUGUUGGGUCUCUGAAAGAUACUGGGCCACCAAGGACUUCUUGGCUACCAACCCUCCUGAGAAGGAUUUGGACCCAACUGUUCUUUCUAUCAUUAAAACCGGUGAGAAGCACACUGCUGCUACCGCCUUCGAGUUCGAGUACAAGAGACAAGCAAUCUUGCGUAAAAUCGAGCCUCUCCUCAAAGAGAUCGAUGUCAUUGUCGUUCCUACUGCUCCAUUGACUCCAACAAUUGAGCAAGUCCAAAACGACCCAAUUGGUGUCAAUGCUUGCCAAGGAACCUAUACCAACUUCGUCAACCUUGCUGACAUGAGUGCCUUGGCUGUUCCUGCUGGAUUCCGUUCUGACGGCAUUCCUUUCGGUAUCACCUUCCUUUCCAAAAAGUUCAACGAUUACGCUCUUUUGGAAUUUGCAUCUAGAUACUUGAGAGAGCUGGCUGCUGCCGCUGGUGUUCCCCGUUUCUACGGUUGCCUUUCUGACAAAGCCUACUCCUCUCUCGGUGAUGACGUUCUUCCACUUGACAAGUUGCCUCGCAAGAUUCUCAAAAACACUGUCAAGUUGGCUGUUGUCGGUGCCCACUUGAAGGGAUUUCAAUUGCACUGGCAAUUAGAGAAGGUACAUGCUGUUUUCUCCGAGGCCACCACUACUUCUCCAAACUACAGGUUGUACGCAUUGCCUAAAACUGGCCCUGUAGCCAAACCCGGUUUGAGAAGAGUAUCCGAAUUCGGUAGCAGUAUCGCUGUGGAGGUCUAUGAAGUUCCUGUCGAAACUUUUGGUCAAUUUGUUAGCUACGUUCCUGAACCAUUGGGUAUUGGCUCUGUGGAGUUGAAAUCUGGUGAGUGGAUCAAGUCUUUCAUUUGUGAGGAAGCUGGCUACUCUGCCUCUGGCUCCCUUGACAUCUCCGAGUACGGUGGAUGGAAGGGCUACCAUGACCACUUGGACAGAGAGGCCGCCAAGUUCAAGAAGCCAUUUAACUCUGUUCUUGUUGCCAAUCGUGGUGAGAUUGCAGUCAGAAUCAUGAAGACUUUGAAGAAGUUGAACAUUCGCUCGAUUGCCAUCUACUCCAACCCUGAUAAAUAUGCCCGUCACGUUCUCAUGGCUGAUGAGGCUAUUCCUUUGAAUGGCGUUUCUGCUGCCGAGACAUACAUUAACAUUGAUAAGGUCAUUCUCGCUGCCAAGAAGUCUCGUGCCGAAGCUAUCAUUCCUGGUUACGGAUUCUUAUCGGAGAAUGCUGAUUUUGCUGACAGAUGUGUUCGUGAGAAGAUUGUGUUCGUUGGUCCAUCUGGUGACGCCAUUCGUAAGCUCGGUUUGAAGCAUUCUGCUAGAGAAAUCGCCGAAAAAGCCGGUGUUCCUCUUGUUCCGGGAUCUGGUUUGGUGUCCUCUGCACAAGAAGCAAAGGAAAUCGCCGCCAAGUUGGAGUAUCCUGUCAUGGUGAAGUCCACUGCUGGUGGUGGUGGUAUUGGUUUGCAAAAGGUCGACUCUGAGGCCGAUAUUGAGCGCGUGUUCCAAACCGUUCAGCAUCAAGGUCAAUCUUACUUCGGUGACUCUGGUGUGUUCUUGGAGAGAUUUGUCGAGAACGCUCGUCACGUUGAGAUCCAAAUGUUCGGUGAUGGUUACGGUAAGGCUAUUGCUUUGGGUGAAAGAGAUUGUUCUUUGCAGAGAAGAAACCAGAAGAUUAUUGAAGAAACCCCUGCGCCAAACUUGCCCGAAGCUACUAGACAGAGAAUGAGAAAGGCUUCUGAAUCGCUCGGAUCUUUGAUGAACUACAAGUGUGCUGGUACCGUUGAGUUUAUCUACGAUGAGAAGAGAGAUGAGUUCUACUUCUUGGAAGUCAACGCUCGUUUGCAAGUCGAGCAUCCUAUCACCGAGAUGGUGACAGGCUUGGAUUUGGUUGAGUGGAUGUUGUUCAUUGCCGCCGAUACUCCUCCUGACUUCUCCCAGGCCAUUACUUGUACUGGUGCAUCCAUGGAGGCCAGACUUUACGCUGAGAACCCAGUCAAGGACUUCAAGCCUUCUCCUGGUCAGCUUACUGAAGUCAAGUUCCCAUCCUUUGCUCGUAUUGAUGGUUGGGUUGAAGAUGGUACCGUCAUUUCCGCCGAGUAUGAUCCUACUUUGGCCAAGAUUAUUGUCCACGGUAAGGAUAGAAAUGACUGUCUCCAAAAGUUGCGUCAAGCCUUAAACGAGACUGCAGUUUCUGGCUGUAUUACCAACAUCGACUACUUGCGUUCUAUUGCUAACUCAGCCAUGUUUGAACAGGCUAAGGUUGCAACCAAGGUACUCGACUCCUACGAUUACAACCCAACCGCUUUCGAGGUGGUUGUUCCUGGCGCUUACACCACUGUGCAAGAUUUCCCUGGUAGAAAGGGAUUGUGGCACGUUGGUGUUCCUCCUUCUGGUUGUAUGGAUGAGUAUGCCUUUAGAAUUGCCAACCGCUGUGUGGGUAACCACAAGAAGUCUCCUGGUUUGGAGAUUACCUUGAGCGGUCCAACUCUCUUGUUCCAUCAUGAUGUCAUUGUUGCUGUGACCGGUGGUGAAGUCCCAGUCGAGGUUGAUGGUGUUGCCGUUAAGCAAUGGGCACCAAUCCAUGUCAAGAAGGGCGAGAAGUUGGCUAUUGGCAAGUUGAAGAGUGGAUGCAGAGCAUACUUGGCCAUUCGUGGUGGUAUUGAUGUUUGCGAGUAUUUGGGAUCUCGUUCCACUUUUGCUCUCGGUAACUUGGGAGGUUACAAUGGUCGUGUGCUUAAGUUCGGUGACGUCUUGUUCUUGGGUCAACCAGACUUGCCAAGUUGUACCUUGCCUCUCCCUGUGUCUGAGCCUGCUUCUGUUCCUUCUCUGUUGAUCCCAUCUUACGACUACAACUCUUCUACCGCAUGGAAGGUUGGUGUCACUUGUGGUCCACAUGGAUCCCCCGAUUUCUUCACACAGGAGGCAGUCAAGGAGUUUUUCAGCAGCGCCUGGAAGGUUCACUACAACUCGAACCGUUUUGGUGUCAGAUUGAUUGGUCCUAAGCCAAAGUGGGCCAGAAAGGAUGGUGGUGAGGGUGGUUUGCACCCAUCUAACGCUCACGAUUACGUCUACUCUCUUGGUGCUAUCAACUUUACCGGAGAUGAGCCAGUCAUUUUGACCUGCGAUGGUCCUUCUCUUGGUGGAUUUGUUUGUGAAGCCGUGGUUGCAGAGGCUGAGAUGUGGAAGAUUGGCCAGGUCAAACCCGGUGACCUGAUUCAAUUCUUCCCUCUCUCCUAUGAAGUUGCAAAGGGCUUGAAACUUUCUCAAGACAAGAUCAUUGAGGACUUUGGUGGUGAGUUGCCUUCAUUCGAAGGCCUGAUCUUGGCUGAGGCUGAGGACCCAGUUUUGGCUGUCAUUGAGGGCACUAAUUGCGCUCCUAAGAUCGUUUACCGUCAAGCUGGUGACAGAUACAUCUUGGUGGAGUACGGUGAGAACAGCUUGGACUUCAACUUGUGUUACCGUAUCCACAAAUUGAUCGAGAUGGUUCAAUACUUGAACGUGCAAGGAGUCGUUGAAAUGUCGCGUGGUGUUCGUUCCGUUUUGAUCGAAUUCGAUGAGCGCGUCACCCAAAAGGACUUGUUGCGUACCAUGCUUGCUCUUGAAAAGGAGAUUGUGUUCGUGAACAAGUGGAAGGUUCCCUCCAGAUUGAUCAGAUUGCCAAUGGCGUUCGAGGACAAGAAGACCUUGGACGCUGUCAAGAGAUAUCAGGAGACCAUUCGUAGUGAGGCUCCUUGGUUGCCUAACAACGUCGACUUUAUCGCUAACAUCAAUGGUGUUAAGCGCGAUGAUGUCAAGGAUUUGAUGUACUCUGCCAGAUUCAUGGUUUUGGGUCUUGGUGAUGUUUUCUUGGGAGCACCAUGUGCCGUUCCUUUGGAUCCUAGACAACGUUUGUUGGGUACUAAGUACAAUCCUUCGAGAACUUUCACUCCAAACGGUACUGUUGGUAUUGGAGGUAACUACAUGUGUAUCUACACCAUGGAAUCGCCUGGUGGUUACCAAUUGGUUGGUCGUACCAUUCCAAUCUGGGACAAAUUGACAUUGGGAUCCCACUCUCCAGGUAACAAGCCAUGGUUGUUGAACCCAUUCGACCAGAUUGAGUUCUUCCCAGUCACUGAAGCUGAGAUUGACCACAACACACAGCAGAUGGAGGCUGGUCACUACCAAGUUGAGAUUGUUGAGACCGUUUUUGACCACGAGGAGUACUUGCACUGGGUCCAAGACAACACUCACUCUAUCCAGCAGUUCAUUGAGAACCAGGGUGGUGAGAAGCUUGAAGAGUUCAACCGGAUGAUUCAAGUCUCUAACGCUGAGUUGGAGGCAGGUAAAUCCGGCCCAGCCUUGGCUGAAGAUGAAACCUUCAGCGAGGAUGCCGAAAUGAUCUAUUCUGAAUAUUCCGGACGUUUCUGGAAGCCACUUGUCAAAGUGGGCUCUUUGGUAGACGUCGGACAGGGAUUGAUUGUGGUUGAGGCCAUGAAGACCGAGAUGGUGGUGACUUCUACCAAGAAGGGUACUGUGGUCAAGAUUUUCCACGACAACGGAGAUAUGGUUGAUGCUGGAGAUUUGGUUGUCGUUGUUGAGUAA